AAGUGCUGAACCAGCGGCAAACUAGAGUCUGACUGCAGGAGGGCAGGGGCAACAGGGGCAGCUACAGACAGGGACAACAGGGGCAGCUACAGACAGGGGCAACCAUACAGAUGGGCAACAGGGUGCAGCCAUAGAGAGGGGCAACAGGGUGCAGCCAAAGAGAGGGGCAACAGGGUGCAGCCAUAAAGAGGGGCAACAGGGUGCAGCCAAAGAGAGGGGCAACAGGGGCAACCAUACAGAUGGGCAACAGGGUGCAGCCAUAAAGAGGGGAAACAGGGGCAGCCAUACAGAUGGGCAACAGGGUGCAGCCAUAGAGAGGGGCAACAGGAGCAGCUACACACAGGGGCAUCAGGGUGCAACCACAGACAGGGGAAACACUGAGGUGCAAUUACAGAGGUUACAGGGUGCAGCCAUAGUCUGAGGUACUAGACUGCAAACAUAAGCGGGGGCAGUAUAAUGAAGGGACAGUUGACUGAGAAGUUUAGGUGAUAGACGAUCCAGUAAGAAUAUACAGGGGUAUCAGAGGACAGUGAUAGAGAAGAGCAGAGGGGUAUUAGGCAGAACCUAGUACCAGGCAGGGAGGGAGGUGUCUGAUCCCAGUACCAGGCAGGGAGAGGGGUAAGUGUCUGAUCCCAGUACCAGGCAGGGAGAGGGGUAAGUGUCUGAUCCCAGUACCAGGCAGGGAGGGAGAUAAGUGUCUGAUCCCAGAACCAGGCAGGGAGAGGGGUAAGUGUCUGAUCCCAGUACCAGGCAGGGAGGGAGGUAAGUGUCUGAUCCCAGUACCAGGCAGGGAGGGAGGUGUCUGAUCCCAGAACCAGGCAGGGAGAGGGGUAAGUGUCUGAUCCGAGUACCAGGCAGGGAGGGAGGUAAGUGUCUGAUCCCAGAACCAGGCAGGGAGAGGGGUAAGUGUCUGAUCCCAGUACAAGGCAGGGAGAGGGGUAAGUGUCUGAUCCCAGUACCAGGCAGGGAGAGGGGUAAGUGUCUGAUCCCAGUACCAGGCAGGGAGAGGGGUAAGUGUCUGAUCCCAGUACCAGGCAGGGAGAGGGGUAAGUGUCUGAUCCCAGUACCAGGCAGGGAGGGAGAUAAGUGUCUGAUCCCAGUACCAGGCAGGGAGGGAGGUAAGUGUCUGAUCCCAGUACCAGGCAGGGUUCCGGGCACCUUUAGACUGCAGCUGCUGUGCCGCUUUGUCCAGGAUGAGUCUCCCCGGGCACUUGCUGCUGUUGCUGGCCUCGCUGUGCGCCCCUUCUUCUGCGGAGGUCCUUUUCCGCUGCCCGCUGUGCACUUCAGAGCGCUUGGCCGCCUGUUCCGCAGCCUCUGCCCGUCCGGCCUGUGCGGAGCUGGUGCGGGCCCCGGGCUGUGGCUGCUGCUCUGUGUGCGCCCGGAUGGAGGGAGAAACUUGCGGUGUGUACACGGCCCGAUGCGCUACUGGACUUCGCUGCUACCCAAACCCCGGCACGGAGCACCCCCUGCAGGCACUGCUAUAUGGGCAGGGGUCGUGUGCCAAGAGAAGUGAUGCCGAGUACGGGGGCAGCCAGGAGCGGCUGACAGAUGCCCCGGACGAGCGUUCGGACAGCAUGCUCAUGGACAACAACUUGGAUGCAGGACCCAUGGUGACCGAUCAUUUCCCAAAACGACCAAUAAGACCUCAAGUAAAGGAAGAUGCUGUAAACCGCGGAAGAGCCAGCGAACAUCACCGAUCCAAAGUCAACAAAGCAAACGAUGAGAAGAAGAACCCGAGACAUUCGGCACAGAGGAGCCUUUGUCAGCAGCAGCUGGACGUCGUCCUCGAGAGGAUUUUAUCCAUGAACUUUGCUGAUGAGCGAGGGUCCCUAGAGCAUCUCAACUCUCUUCAUAUCCCCAACUGCGACAAGACUGGACUGUUCAAUCUGAAACAAUGUAAGAUAUACCUGAAUGGUCAGCGAGGAGAAUGCUGGUGUGUCAACCCCAAUACCGGAAAGAUGAUCGCUGGAGCCCCCACCAUCCGAGGCGACCCAGAGUGCCACCUGUAUUACCCCAAUACGGAGGAGGAGCGCAAGCAGCGCGCCCAGUAAUGGACUGUCCAGACGCCCCGCACGCUGCUCGCACAAUGUCUGGGUCACUGACAGUUUUGUAAGUGGGCUGGUUGAUGCCAAACCUUGUCUCUGAAGCUGCCAUUUGUACCGUAGACAAGGCGCCAAAGCUUUUCCAAACCAUCCCAAUUCCAAACCUUCACCCUCCAAAACAGAGACAAAGAGCAAAAGGUUCACAUUCAAAGCAGCACCGCCCCCGCAGGACCUGGGAGGCCGGCACCGUUACUUUCCUGCCAUUAAAGCUUCAUUUUCAAGGACCAUUACAUACGAAUCAUCUUGUCUAGCACCAAGGGUAUCUGAGCCACGUUCACAACCAGGUGGAGGCCACGUGAGGCCACCAUGACACCUGCUAGAUAUGACACAAUGUGUCCUUCCUUGCUUCAUGUAUUCUAUAUAAUUGCAAAUAUUGGACCUCGGUUUCUAAUGAUUCCGUGAGAUUAUUUACCAAUCGUAAAUGUUCCUUUCUUCAUUAAUUGCACUUGGUGGCGGCCAUUGUAUCACUAGGUUCUGGCCCAAGGGUUCAGCCUUUUCCACUGACCCAAUAACAUAUCCCAGAGAACCAUCAGCGUGCUGAGGCGGGGCACUAUGGGGGGCGCACUACUGAGUGUGGGGGCAGCUGCUGUAGAUACAUUGGGGUAUCACAGAUUGAGGAUAAAUAAUAUCACUAUAGAUAUGGGAUUUCUGAGGUGGGAAUAAGAUGGCGCAUGAUCAUCAAAUUAUUCUGUAUUAUGACAGAAGAAUCCAUGAUUGUAACGAUUAAUGUCACCGGAAGAGGAAUUAACCUUAAACUGAUAACGUAUCAUGUGUGAAGCCCCUGAAGCCCCUCUAAUGUCACCGCCGGGUAUGUUCACAUAUGUCCAGGGAUCUGUGGAUGUCGCCAGAAGAAAACACAACGCACGUAACGCUGUUAUCUGGUGCAACCGUUCCGGAGGGGAAGUUGUGCCGCCUCUCUGGACACGUGUGAACCGGUAACCAAAGUGGUCUCUACUCUCCUUAUUACAUUCCUGGUGUCCGGGAAGGCAUGGCGGUAUAAGGACAGUCAGGUGACCAUUGGGGAGCCCAGGGGAGGUUCCUUAUACCCAUUAGCUAGAGGGGAAAGGGUAAGGACCUGUGCACACUACCGAAAUCCCCAUAGGAAUAACUUGCAGUCUGUAGUCUCCUAUUGGUUUCAAUGGGAUUCCACAGAAUGCCGGAAUAUUUUGCAGACAGUGGGAUGGAGCUUAAAGGGGUACUCCAGACAAUAU